AUGCCAAGAGACAUCUCGUUAAGAUCCAGUGAUGCUGCGAUGAUAGAUCAUGGGCAACCCGGAGUCGGCAAAAAACAGUCGUGUCUGCGACAGAGAUUUCGCAAGGAAAAAGCUGCAAACCAAUACCAGUUGAGUGUGUUGGAAAAGAAAGAAACGGGGAUUAAAGAAAUAAUCCAAGAGCUCAAAAAUGAAUUUGGGCAGGAUGAGUUUGAAACAGACAUCAUUGAAGAAUUGGAAGACUUUCACAAGACCUUGAAGGAGCCAAUGCAGGACAGAUUGUUUGAGUUGCAUGGAGGCUCUCGAAUGCGAAUCAAUCCCCGGACGACGGAAAUGCCCUCUCUGAACCCCUGGUUUUGCGGUGGAAAACUUUGGAAACAAAGUUUGAUGCUCUUCAAACUGAAAAUUUAA